AUGGGCAGCUGCGAAAGUUUGAUGGCGGACGAGGAGGGAAGUGUGGGACAUCCAGUUGAACGGCCCGAAGGCCUCAGCGAGCCAUGCGAGCCCGUUGAUGUGAUGGUCGCGCUUCCAAAGCUUCCACAAUCGGCAGAGGAUCCACAGGAAGCGCCAACACCAACGUUGACAGCGAAGGCGAACCUGCAGCUCAAGAUGAAGCAGUGGGCGACGUUCGCUCCCAAUGUCCAGCUUUUGUUUCUUGGCAAGUUGGCCUGGGAUUUGGCCGAAAAACUGGAUGAAGUGCAGGACCAGAAGCAACAGCAAUGGAAGGAUGAGGCCCAGCCGCAAGAGGGCGUCUGGGAAGUCGUGCCGGCUGCACGCGCAAACUUCACGAAGCCCGAGGCCGAGGCGACGGACACUGCGGAAGUUGCCGAGCUCUUGGCGGAAGGGAUCGAAUCAGGUCCCUUCGCUGAAGACGAUGUCUCUGGGUCCCGUUUGGAUCCCGACAUUGCCGUUUGCCCAGACCCGGGCAGCGAAUUGCAGGACAAGGCGGAGGACAUGCCCUAUCUUGGUUGCGUGGUCGGCUUUCUUGCCGACAUCUUGCCUUUCGGCUUGGCGGCUCCGCGCCAGGUCGGCGAGGAUUCUGCCAAAGAUUGGGCACAGUUGCUGGCCUUGCCGCUCGGCAAGAGCUUUGAAGAUGCUGUUGACGUCCAGCUGUGCGUUACAGAAAAAGCACAGGUCCAACAAUCUUGA